CCCUCUCGCUGCCUGGACCACCCGCCCUGUCUCUGCUUCUCCCAGGCGAUGCCUCCGCUCUGGGUCCUGCUGGCCCUCGACUGCCUGAGACUUGGCUCGAGUGUGAACCUCCAGCCCCAACUGGCUAGUGUGACCUUUGCCACCAACAAUCCCACGCUCACCACCGUGGCCUUGGAAAAGCCUCUCUGCAUGUUUGACAGCUCCGUGCCCCUCCCUGGCACCUACGAGGUCUACCUCUAUGUACUGGUCGACUCAGCCAGCUCCAGGAAUGCCUCUGUACAGGACAGCACCAUGACCCCACUCAGCUCAACAUUCCAGCAGACGGAGGGAGGAAGGACAGGUCCCUAUAAGGCCGCAGCCUUUGACCUGACCCCAUGCAGUGACCUGCCCAGCUUGGAUGCUGUUGGGGAUGUGUCCCAGGCCUCGGAGAUCCUGAACGCCUACCUGGUCAGGGUGGGCACCAAUGCGACCUGCCUGUUUGACCCCAACUUCCAGGGCCUCUGCAACCCACCCCUGUCAGCAGCCACGGAAUACAGGUUCAAGUUUGUCCUCGUCAAUAUGUCCACGGGCUUGGUCCAGGACCAGACCCUAUGGUCAGACCCCAUCCGCACCCACCGGCUCAUCCCGUACUCGUCGAUCGACACGUGGCCCGGCCGGCGGAGCGGGGGCAUGAUCGUCAUCACAUCCAUCCUGGGCUCCCUGCCCUUCUUCCUGCUCGUGGGCUUUGCUGGCGCCAUCGUCCUCAGCCUUGUGGACAUGGGCAGUGCUGAGGGAGAAACCACCCACGACUCCCAGAUCACGCAGGAGGCCGUCCCCAAGUCCCUGGGGACCUCAGAGGCUUCGUACACGUCUGUGAACCGGGGGCCACCCCUGGACAGGGCCGAGGUGUACACCAGCAAGCUCCAGGAUUGAGCCCGGGGGGCCGCAGUCUCCCCGAGGGCCUUGCAGGUAGCUGCGUUCACAUCUAGACCCUACCCAAGGUGUAUCAGGCCAUGUUGGUCCAACUGCAGGAAAGUGCUUAAUAAAAUCUUCCUAAGACUUUGAGUUCAGUAAAGACUUAAAGAAUG